GCCAAUCGCGCACGUGUCUAAACCGCCGUCCCUCGCUAACGGACGUCUCCGCUAACGUUUUAAACCUCGUUACAUCACUCUGACAUAUCACCUCUUAAAAAAAAAGAAAGAAUAAGCUAUACAUUUCACCCCGUAGAGGUGUAUCUGCGCCCGGAAGAAUGAAUAUUUUAGUUCCUCUCACCAUUCUGCUGGUGAGCUGGAGCAUCGACAGCACGGACCCGGAGGUCCAGAAGCGCAUCUUCUACAUCUUCUGCGCCGUUCACAUCGUCAUUGUCUUCGUGGGCGUUUACAUUUUCAUCCGGAUCUGGCAGACGGGCGACAAGACCCUCAUCCGGGUCAAGGACGCGUACACGAACGAGGAGAGCAUUCAGCAGCACUGGGAGUACGAUCUGGGGAAGCUGCGCGACUUGCUGGUGACCAAGACGGGCAUGUCGGCUGCGAUCAGCGCCUUUCUUGCGUCCCGCUAUGGCAUCCCUUUUCCUCUCCUGCUCCAGAGUCUGAACAACCCGAAGGCACUCUACCAGUCGGAGCUGUUCCGCAUCUACGUGAAGGGUGAGAAGGCGGAGGGCGAGCUGCAGCGUCCGUGGGCUGAGUCGGGGAUGCUUCCGGACUGGGCCAAAUCGAUCUGGACGCAAGGCGAGAAGGACUCGGAGAAGUUUCUUUCUACCGGCGGCUCAUCGGCGGCGGCCUCGUCGAGCAAGGCAUCACGGAAGCGCAAAUAA